GAGCCGAGCCGAGCAGGCCCGCGGCGCGGAGGGGUGGCUCCUCGGGCCCCGCCGCCCCGGUGCUGUGCAGCGGUAGGAGCCAGGCCGGUGGUGGCUUCCUCCCCUCGGGAAGGUGAGGCCUCGGCUCUUGCGCUCGGAAGGUUGGAAGCGGCAGUGGGAAGCUCGCAGCUGGUGUGUGUUUGCUGCGGAUGGAGGUCUGGGACCGUGGUGGGAAAGAAUGGCCAGCAGUCCUGAGGAUAACACUUCUCUCUCCAGUGAGAAAGUCAUGCACCCAGGAAGUCUGCAAGCAAAGAAGUCUCAGCAUGAAGAAGAAGCCACCUUUUACAUGAACUGCCGAGCAGCUUAUCUAGCUGUUUUAAAAAGCAGUUUAGAAAAUAUUAAGUCAAAGGAACAACUCAGAUUAGUGCUUCAACAGGCUGGAAGAAAUCCAUCUCAGAAGACAGUUAAUAAAUACUGGACUUCACAAACAACUACGCUGAAUUUUGAUGAUUUUUGUACUAUUUUAAAAGAAGAAAAACCAGCUACAAAAACUGAGCUGCUGAAAGCAUUUGGAAAAAUAGACAAAGAUAAGACUGGAUAUAUUUUACAUGAUGAACUUCAUAGAAUUCUCACAACGAGGGGUGAAAAAAUGACUGAGGAUGAAGUGAAUGCCAUUACUGAACAAGCCGAUUUUAACUGCGGUGGCAAACUUGACUACAACAAGUUUUGUGAUUUAUACAUGACAACCAGAGAGCAGUGCUGCAAGACUGCACAAGAGAGACUGGAACUUGAUAGUCGAUUGAAGCAGCAGCAGUUUGGAAAUCAAACUGAUCCUUCCUCUGAAGAGAUCACACUGCCUGUGUCAAAACCAUCACCAAGAGUCUCGAGGAAAACUGAUCACAAACUGUCAACUACAAAAGGUGAUAGCAGAACUCCUUCAAGACCAUCAUCAGCUCAAAGCUGCAAAGCAUCUAUCUCUACCACUAUCAGCAUGGCUGCCAGGAGCAACAGAAACACAAAGCUAACUGAGCCAGACACCAUGAAGGAGUGGCACUGUGCACAGUCCAAAGGAUGCUUCUACUUAGAAGAAGAUGGUGAAAUCAUUAGUCACAAGUACAGGUUGCACGUACCUCAAAGGUCUACAAUGUGUAUCACCAUCAAGCCUUUGAACAUUCAUCAGGAAGAAGGAAUAUCUUGUCACUGGUUGUCAGUGGAUACAGCUUUGUAUAUUCUGAAGGAAAAUGAAACCCAGGAAAAUCUGCAGCUUGUGAGCUUUACUGAACAACAAAACCAAGAGGUGUCUGGCUGGAAAGGGGAGCUUGGAUCAGGUGUUUACUGGCUGCUCCCAUUCACAACUGGCUGUAAGCUGAAGAAGGUAAAAACGCAAAUUAGUGAAGAAGCAGAACUGGUGUAUAGAGAUGAAGAUGGAGAACUGGCUCUGACCCCAGAGUUCCGAGCUACUUUACUGGAUAUAUUUGAAACCAUUGAUUUGGAUGGAAAUGGCCUUCUGUGUUUGGAGGAAUACAACUUCUUUGAGCUGAGAACUAGUGGCGAGAAGUGUGAUGAGGAAGCAUGGGCUGUAUGUAAGGAGAAUUUUGAUAUGAGGAAGAAUGAGCUAACAAGACAAGGAUUUAUGGAUUUGAAUCUCAUGGAAGCCAAUGACCGUGAAGGGGAUCCUAGUGACCUUUGGGUCACUUUAUUGUCUCUGGGCUACAAUAAAGCAUUAGAAAUGACAGAGGCAUGCCCCUUUGUCAUUGACGUCUAUGCAGAAAAGUGCAAACCCAGAAUUAAAGCCAUGUAUCUAGAGGCAGGGAGCUCAGAACUCAACAGGGCUGUUUGCAAGUCUGUUGUUAGUAAAGGAGAGGCCAAAGUAUUGGAUGGCUGUGAAAAUGUCAUCGUCUAUACCUACAGCACGGGUGGGAGAAUCACGUCUGUUAUUGAGAAUAAGUCUGAAAACAAAGUGAUUAUUCAUGUCAACAAUGAGCAGAGCAAGAACUGCCUGAGUAAUAGGGGUCUUACUGUUUUUGCUGUAGAAGUGGCACCAAAAUCCAUGAUGGUUUCUCAGCAUAUGAUGCCACUGAACGAGCAGGAAGAAUGGCUUUAUAAUUGUGUGCAUUCCCUCGUACGUUAAACAUUCCACUUGGAGCUGCUUCUUGGUAGCAUUCAGGCUAAGCCAGCAGAUUGUUUUGGCAGCUUUUAGACAAUUUAUAGUCUUGUCCUUCUCAAAAAGCUGACAUUUAUACUUUGUUGAGGUUGAUUUGUUAAAGCCAAUGAAUCAUCUAAAUACUUAUUUCUGCUAUCACAUUUCUGCUAAUGGCUUUAGGAAACCUGUAUAGUGA